UUGAAUGAUGUAGCACGACAAAAAAAAAAUGAAAGGACAACCAUGUGACUGAGUCAAGUGAGGGAAAAAGCUCCAUUCUAGAUUGAGAAAAUCUAGAGAGAGAGGGGGGUGAAACUGAAAUCCAAACCAAUGGCGGACGCAGCAGUAGAGUUCCUGCUAAGCAACCUGAACGACCUGCUGGUGUACCACGCCCACCUGAUAACCGAGACGAAGGGCCAAGUGGUGGAGCUGGAGAAGGAUCUCCGCAUCUUCCGCGCCUUUCUCAAGGACUCCGUCAAGAAGCGGCGAAAGAGCGAGGGCAUCCAGUCCCUCGUCCGCAGCAUCCGCGACGUCGUUUACGAGGUCGAAGACAUCAUCGACGCCUUCGUCACCCAGGCCACCUAUGACAAGUCUCGCAAUUACUUCCUCGGCGCUUUCAAGUCCACCGUCAGCCUCCACGCCAUCGGCAAACAGGUCGAGAGCGUGCGCCAGCGGGUCGAGAAGGGCAGAUCCGAAUUCGCCCUCCUCAUCGUCUCCGACGAAGACCGUUAUGAGAAACCUGAGGUUCGGCCUCCAAGGGUGAAAGAUGUGGUUGGUUUCGAAGAUGUGAGCACAGAACUGAUCCAAAGGCUGACUACAGAAACUGACUACUUUGAUGUCAUUUCUCUCAUCGGAAUGUUCGGUCUUGGCAAGACAACGUUGGCGUGGAAGAUUUUCAACGAUGCACAAAUCCUCUACGAAUUCCCCAUCCGCAUUUGGCUCUCCAUUUCUCAGCAGUUCUCAGAGAAGGACAUCUUCCUCGCCAUCCUCGAGAAGCUCGUCACCAUAAGCGAGGAGCUCCGUGCCAAAGACGAGCAGCACCUCUCCCAAAUGGUCGCUACUCAUCUCGACAACGGGAAGUUCCUCAUCGUGAUGGAUGAUGUGUGGUCUACUAAUGACUGGGACAGGAUCAGAGCUGCUCUGCCUUCCAACAACAAGAUGGGUAAAAUCAUGAUCACGAGCCGCGAAGAGGAUCUAGGCAAGUACGCUAGUCGCCCGAGGGACCCCACUACGCUGCGUUUCUUCAACCAGAGCGAGAGCUGGGAGCUGCUCCGGCUGGAGGCGCUUGGCCAUCUCGACUGCCCUUCUGAUCUGCAGAUUGUUGGGAAAAUAAUUGCAAAUGACUGUAAAGGAUUGCCUCUUGCAAUUGUGGUGAUAGGAGGUAUUCUUGCCACCAAGUAUUCAUCCUCAGACGUAGGCGCCACCAGAAGGGUGUGGGAUAAGGUGUCCACGCGCGUUGGCGCCCAUCUCAAGGAGGAUCCAAGGGAUCGGAUGAACACGUUUAUAUCUUUGAGUUAUGACAAGUUGCCUUAUCAUUUGCAAGCAUGUUUUCUCUACUUGGGGAUGUUUCCUGAAGAUUAUGAGAUCCCGGUCUCCAAACUCAUCCGAAUGUGGAUUGGAGAGGGAUUCAUACAGCACGUGAAGCAAUACACUUUGGAGGAAACUGCCGAGAGCUAUUUGGAGGAUCUUAUCAACCGAAACUUGGUCAGGAUUGAAAAGAUGAAACCUAAUGGCAAGAUCAAGACAUGCCGGAUUCAUGAUGCAUUGCGCGAUUUCUGUAGAAACAAAGGCGGGAGAGAAAAAGAGAAUUUUCUCGAGGAAAUCAAGUGCAAUGGUGGUGUGUUUGAACCUCCCGUCUCAGACAUAAAAAACUACCGGCGCCUUGCCAUCCAUUCCAAGUGCUUGAACUUCCUCUGUUCGAAGCCUUGUGGCCCUGGUGUCCGCUCGUUUGUUUGCAUCAACAACAAUGAAUUCGUCUUGCCAGAAGCCAACACUUCAGCCAUCCCCGCAGCUUUCAAAUUGCUCAGAGUCUUAGAUGUUAAGCCCAUCAUAUUCACCAAAAUCCCCUCUGAUAUGUACCAGCUUAUUCACCUGAGGUUCAUUGUCUUGUCUUUCAAGCUGAAAAUGCUUCCCCCCAAGUUCAACAAGCUAUGGAACAUACAAACUCUUAUAGUCCACACAACACACCGCACGCUUGAUGUCAAAGCGGAUAUAUGGAAGAUGAAGCAGCUAAGGCAUUUCAAGACCAACGCAUCCGCCACCUUGCUCAAACCAGGCAAGGAAAGCGAACACGGGGCAGAGCUUCAAACACUAGGCACAAUCUCAGCAGAGAGUUGCACUGCAGAGCUUCUGCACCGAGCCCCUAAUCUGUUGAAGCUAGGCAUCCGUGGGAAACUAGGCUCGCUCUUUGAAGGAAAGAUUGGUUCCUUUAACAGCUUGGUGAAGAUGAGGAAGCUCGAGAAGCUGGAGCUGAUAAACGACGUGUAUCCUAACCCGGCUUCAGAAGAUCAACUGCUUGUCCAGCCUCAGCAUUACCAGUUCCCUGCUACUCUCAGGAGCCUCACACUGUGUUCGACUCACUUUAGUUGGAGUUACAUGUCUACCCUCGGGUUGCUGGAGAAUCUCGAGGCGCUUAAGCUGAAAGAUAAGGCGUUUGUGGGGAGGACUUGGGAGGGGGUUGGAGAGCGGUUCCAUCGCCUCGAGUUCUUGCACAUUGAGCACACGGAUUUACAUGUUUGGCAAGCUUCGUCGCACCAUUUCCCGCGUCUUAAAGGCCUUGUGCUGCGCAACUGUGAGCAUCUUCUUGAGAUCCCAUCUGAGCUGGCUGAGAUACCGAGCUUCCAAAAACUGGAGUUGCAAAUUUGUCGAAGUGCUGCUGCUUCUGCCAAGCUGAUCAAAGAGAAAAAGAAAGAGAAAAUGGGAGUGUUCAACCUCUCUAUAUUUCCAGCUACUGAUGAUCUUCCUUGACAGGAAGUAAGAUAAUACGAGAGAGUAUAACUCUAUAACAAAUGUCCAUUUAGAUAUACUCACUCACACGGCCCAAAAGUUGUCCUCUUAAAACAGCAAGUAGUAAGAGCAUCCACAAUAGCGGCGAGCGCACCGGCUUGGCGCUAUUGCAGCCUCCCGAUCGGCGAGCGACCGACGAACGGAUUUUUUUUUUCGAAACACUAUAUAUACGUGAUUUGCACGUCAU